CGGCCUUCUUCGAACGGAAAUAUUGCUCAACGCGCGAAUGGCUUUUCGAAUAACCGGAGAAAACCAAAACUGCAUACGGAAAAAUACAUAACUUACCGAUUGUCAUUAGGGCCGACUGUCUUAUCUAAAAUAGUAUUAUGUCGUUGUCGUCUGUUCUGAUAUCGUCAUGAACGUCCUUUAGAAAAAAGAAAAAAACUCAGUAUAUAAGCAUUCAUUUACCUUUUUUCAUUUACGCAGGAUAUCAGCAGCAGACGAGAAAGUGAUGGCCAAUAUGUCAUUAUCUGAGAUGAUGGAGCACAUUUUGCCUGUGUUGGACCUAAAUAUUUCAUUCUCGGAUCUAUCUUCAACAGAGCAGGUAAUGGAGGUGUUGAAUAAAAAAGUUUAUUUAUUUAUUUUUAUUUUUUUUUAUUUAUUAUUAUUUUUUUUUUUUUGAUUUUCAUUAAUAUAACCCCAUGUAGAUCUAUAGUCGUAUAAAAUUUAAUGAUUGCGUACUAAACGGCACGAAUAACUAACAAUUUAUGACGAUUGUUUAGUUCUGGCAACGUGUAUCCGUCCACAGUACUUCUGUAUAGUAACCUAUUUCAUGCAGUACUCUACACUCCAACCCCACGCCCCCGCAAAAAAGAAAAUGAAUGAAAGAAACUAAAAAAUCCUCCAUUAAUGUAAGAAAAUAAGUCCAUGUAUACAUACGUUUCAAUUUUUUUUCAGAUACAGUUUCUUGCGAUACUGGAAGAACGUAUACAGAAAGAAUCUGUUGACAAUCAUGGGUUUCUCGAGGAUAUCGUCGAAUAUCGAAUCCAGGGUUAUCUAAACCUGUAUGUUCCACCAGUACUUGUCCUAGUAGGAUUGUUUGGCAACCUGUUGUCACUGUGUGUUCUUUUAAACAAGUCCAUGAUACGACAUUCAACAAACGUGUUCCUAGCUGCCCUAGCUUUCGCUGAUUCCUUUGUUCUGACAGCCGGCUUGAUAAGACAAUGGCUAGGGGAGCUAACUGGUGUGAACAUCCUGCUUGAAUCAAGCUACUUUUGUAAGAUAGUGUCUUUAGUGGCGUACGGUAGCAGCAAUUUUUCCGUCUGGCUUAUUAUAGCCGUGACAAUAAUACGGUAUAUUGCCGUCAGCAGACCGUAUAAGGCAUCCAGAUAUUGUAACCGAAAAAGAGCAACACGUGUGAUAUUAUCGCUGGCUGUGAUAGUGAUAAUUGUUAACCUUCAUUUUAUGUGGACAGUCCAGCUUCAGGAGCAUGCGUAUGGCGAUAGAAAAAUCACCAAAUGCGACGCUUCAGAAAGCUCUGCGUAUUUCAUGUACACUAUCUGGCCUUGGUUAGACGCCGUCUUGUCCGUAUUAGCACCGUUCGCACUACUUGCAUGUUUCAAUACAAUGAUCGUUGUACAUACUUUACGCGCAACGAAUUGGCGACGUCUUUCUCAACCGGACUUGCAGAUGAAACGGCAUUCUCAACCGGACUUGCAGAAGAAACGACAUUCGCAACCGGACUUGCAAAGGGAACGACAUUCCCAGCCGGACUUGCAGAAGAAACGGCAUUCCCAACCGGACAUUCAGAAGAAACGACAUUCUCAACCGGACUUGCAUAAGAAACGGCAUUCUCAACCGGACUUGCAGAAGAAACGGCAUUCUCAACCGGACUUGCAGAGGAAACGGAAAAAAUCAAGCCGUAAUGAUAUAAAAGUGACCAUGACACUAUUGUCUGUCUCAUUCUCCUUUCUGGUGACCACAUUACCGAUGGCCGUUGUUAUGGUGUUACAAAAUCAGUGGGCGAAAGACGCAAAUGAUCCAACUGUUACCAUACAAACAGUUUCUCAGAGAAAGUUGAUCCGGGCUAUCGCUGAGCUACUCAUGUACCUUAAUCAUUCAAUAAACUUCUUUCUAUACUGCGCUGUAGGACAGAAGUUCCGGGAUCAGAUAUUUAGACAAUUUUGUAAGAGAUCUGGCACGAACGUUUCAAGCUCAACAAAUCAUAGCAAGCACUUGUACUGCUCAAAAACAGACAGUAAACAUAUUCGUUAUGGAAAAGAAAAAUCUGAUUCUACACCGCUAUAACAGAACAAAAUAAACGUACAAACACACAAACUAUAACAGUUAUUAGAAAGCAAAACUCUGCUUCAUCAAGAGGUAAUAAACAUAUUUCUUGCAUACCGGUAACGGGGAUUUCCGGUGUUUUUACCGGUGCUCGAAAAAUCCAUCUGAAGAUGACUCAUGCUAUAUAUGACGUAUUACUAUUAUGAACUACAUAUACCUAGAAGAUUUAUGUGAUAAUUUACACUUUAUUUCAUAAAACGGAA